CUCCCUCCAGUCUACGAGUCUUGGUCGGAUAUCUCCAUCUUGACAUUCUUUCAACUGUCCAUUCAUUCCUACCUACAUUCAAACCGCAGACAUGGCCAAGAUCCAGCCGGCCCAAGACGAGUCCCUUCUCGGCACCGUCUUCUCCAACUUGAUCCGCGCUCGCUACUUGGUGACCCGUCUAACUGCCGCUGCCGUCGACACCACCUGCCAAUAUGUCACUUCGCCCGAAUACCGCAAGAGAACCCACGACAACGUCAGACGCUUCCACAACGAACGUCCCCUUUUGACUGCGUUUCUGCCUCCCCCAUCCCAAGCGAACGCCAAUGUAUUCCUGGCGAUCCAAUUUGCGCUCGCUCUUGUCCCGUCUCUGCUGUUUCUCGGAUAUAUCGCCUCCACCGUCCUUGUUAGCCUCGGCGGCGCCCUAAUCUUUUCACUCUUCUGGAUGGGCGUCGGCCUCUUCUUCUUCAGCUGCGCCCUUCUCGCUACGGGCGCUAUCGGUGUCUUCUUGUUCGUCAGCUUCAUUAUGUUCCAGCGCGCCGUUCAGCUGCUCAACACAUUGACCUCGACCCUUUCACAAGGCGCCCGACCUCCCCAGAAGCAGGAGGAGCGUGAGAAGCAGGAGGAGCGUGAAAAGCCUCUUCCCAAGGCUGAAAAAGUUCUUCGCAUUGUGGAUAUCAAGCAGGAGGACGGGCACAUGCAAAAUGGCACAGAGGAGAAGGUCAAUAGCGACAAGGAGUUGUAGGAAGCUCUUCCUGGGCUCAGUGGAGGCGACACGCCGCCUCCCGUGGUCUAUCAAGAUGCGGCCACUGGUGAAAAAGAACACGUCGAGAAUCUGGAGGAGCCUAAUGUAGAAAUAAUACAAAAAGAGGUUGACGAUAUUAA